AUGACAACUGCGCCGGACACAAAUGACAACCCAGAUCUUCAUGAUGGAGCUUGCUCUACAUGUCGCCGCAAGAAACAGAAAUGCUCUCGCGAAGAACCUUGCCGAACCUGCAUUUCGAGCGGCUCCGAUUGUAUUUAUGAGAACGCUCAGCGUCGUGGCGCCAAGCCUGGAUAUAUAGACACCCUCAUCAAACGCAUGGACACACUUGAGGCGUUGGUUUUGGGGCAAUCAAUGCUGCUUGGGCCUGCCAUUACUCCCACCAAGGAUGCGUCAGAUGAUCCGCCGGACCUGGGGCGCGGGAAUACCGAUGCCUCCUCGGCGGUGCAUAUGUCAGGGGCCUCUCCCAAGGCGUCUGUUCCGCCACUCCACAUGAUGCGAGAACUUGUCAAUAUUUACUUUAACCGCAUACACCCGUGGAUACCCAUUUUACACAGGCCGGACAUUGAGGCAGCGCUGGAAACUCAAAAUGGAAGUCUCCCUGAUAUUGUGCUGCUAGCUAUGACUGCGGUCAGCAUCCGAUUCUACACUUCUGACCGCCAGAUCCAGGACCUAUACAGUCGUCGAUGCCAUGACGCUGUGGUUCUUGCCUGUAUGGAUCGUUUUUCGGUGCAAACGCUGCAGGCAAGCAUAAUCCUCGCCUUCAACACAAUCGGCAGUGGUAAAGGGCCCACGAGUUGGUCUAUAGUUUCGUCUGCAACUCGAAUCGUGGAACAGCUAGGAUUGGCCGUGGAAGACGAAGGAAUGUCGCAAAACAGGCUUCUUAAUCGCAUAGGAUUUUUACCGCCAGCGAGGAAUUGGACGGAAAAAGAAUCUCUCCGAAGGAUAUUUUGGUGCAUCUUCCUCUUGGAUCGGUUUUGCUCUGUCGCUACCGGCUGGAAUACUGGACUAUCUAUUGACCACAUCAAGAGGCGUCUCCCCGUCGAGGGGUGCUUCUGGAGAGACCAAGUGAAUAAAACCGCAAAGUUUUUUGACAUUGACAGCAACAAAAUAGAGCCAGACGUCGACACAGAUGCCAUGGGGGGAUUGGCCUACCUCAUCGAAGCAUCCGAGUGCCUGAAUCGUGUUGCAACCUUUCUUCUGCAAGAGUCCGUCGAUCUUUCCAACAGUGAAAGUUUGCGGCAGUGGUUUGAGAGAUUCCAAUCACUGGAUGCUAUGCUUAUACGUUGGAAAACAUUCCUUCCUACACGAUGGCAGGUUGCAGGCAUUGAUGCCACCGGCAAAAUGGAUGAAAAUCUUACGCUCGCUCACAUCACGCACAACACCAGCGUCAUCAUGCUGCACCAGGUCAUGGCGUACCCGGACGCCGUUUUGCGCAGUCGCUUGCCAACCGAGAAUGCUGCCAAAACAUGCAUAUUGGCGGCUGUCGUGGUCAUACCGCCCACGCUGAGCUUUUGCCUGUUUAUCGCCGCAAGGGCUUUGCUCGCUGAUGCCAACCACUCAAACACACCAGUGGAUGCUAACUUUGAGAUACUGCUCCAAGCUCUUCAGGAGGGCUCAUCCCGGUGGGUUGGCCCCGACGGCUCCACGGAGAGAGACAACUUGGCAGGCCAAUUUGCCGACAGACUCGACGCUGCUUGGAAGUCUCGGUCACCUGUUAAUAUCCGUACGGUCGCUUUUGAAGACGACCAUAGCACGUUCCCCAUAUCCUUUGCGAGUCCGCCGAUACCGGACAUAUUUCGCGAUGCUUCCGCCAAUCUCUCGUCCACGUUUGGUGCAAUGGUGCCAGAGCCUUACAACGACCCGGAUAUGGACUUUCAAAGCUUCGAUCGUAUCUUUACUUGGACAGACGAAAUGAUUGACAAUGGUCUGAAUUUACCAUGA